CAUCAACCAUUGCAGUACUGCCAUUCCAACCUGGAUUGAAACCAACUUUUUGUCGAAUCUUUGGGUGUUCGUCUUGUGUAGAUUCGAGAGAAGCGACUUGGCUUUGGAAAUCCUAGUGUUUAUCUAGUAUUCUUCAACCUUGUUUACCUCCAGAAUUGGUGGCGUCACCUAAAUUCUCGCAAUUCUCCGACUUGAAACCAGGCAAUUGUGAACGACCAGGAUGCAAGCCAUUAAAUGCGUUGUCGUAGGCGAUGGUGCAGUCGGCAAGACUUGUCUCCUCAUAUCAUACACUACGAACGCUUUCCCCGGGGAAUACAUACCAACAGUAUUCGAUAACUACUCAGCAAAUGUAAUGGUCGACGGGAAGACAAUAUCUCUUGGAUUGUGGGACACUGCUGGUCAGGAAGACUACGAUCGACUCCGUCCACUUUCUUACCCCCAGACGGACGUUUUCUUGAUCUGUUUCUCGUUGGUUAGUCCACCAAGCUAUGAGAACGUGAGGACCAAGUGGUGGCCGGAGAUAUCGCAUCACGCUCCAUCCACGUCUAUAGUCCUAGUUGGAACCAAGCUCGAUCUGCGCGAGGACCCUGCGACAAUCGAAAGAUUGCGCGACCGGCGCAUGCAACCUAUCACCUACUCCCAAGGGGUUGCCAUGGCUCGGGAUAUAGGAGCGGUGAAAUACCUGGAGUGUUCCGCUCUGACGCAGAAGGGGCUGAAGACUGUUUUUGACGAAGCCAUUCGUGCAGUUUUAAACCCUCCCCCGAAGAAGGAAAAGCGCAGUCGUGGAUGUGUCAUUGCGUGAUUGCGGACGCUGUUGGGCCCACUGCCCUCCGAUUAUGCGGAUACAUAGAUUUCCUCCCCACGUCACACCCAUUUAUGCCUUGCUCACCGUUACGCCUUACGACCUGGAUGCUAUACUUGACUUUUAGGAAUGAAGUUGAUCUAUGAGCCUGAGAGAAUUGUACCAUUUGAGAAUCGUGUGGAUGUGUUUGCCCUUGAUCAUACUCGUGCACACGUAGAUAACAUCUGCACUACCAUUUACAAAGUG